AUGCCCUCCACCAAAACAGGCCUCCCCACCCCGUCAGCAUACAAACACGUGGACAACGAUGGCAACCGGGUUGUGCCACCGCCGUCUGCCAGUGCGGGUCCUUCAGCUUCGCAACCAACGACAAAGAAACGAGGUCGCCCCCCACGGGCACCUUCGCCUACGCCCAGAUCUGUAUGGGAGAGUAUGGCGGCACCGCGGUACGUGCCGUUUCUGUGCGAGUGGGCAGGGUGUAAGGCGGAGCUGCAGAAUAUUGGGACAUUGCGGCGGCAUCUACGCAAGGUGCACACGCGGGAGGGCGGAGGCGGGGUUGUGCCGGCGUGUCGGUGGGCGGGGUGUGGUGGCGGCGGCGGCGGCAAGGAGGAGGAGGAGGAGACACUGAAGUUCGAGCGGGUCUGUGAACUUGAUGAACAUGUGGACAGGAAGCACUUGCUUCCGUUUGUGUGGUUCGUUGGGGACGGGGUCAGGAACGACAAGCUCGUGAUUGGGCCGGGAAGGGACAGGGAGAAGGAGAAGGAGGAGGUGCCGGCCUAUCUUCUUGGUGCGGAUGGCGCACAAGUCACGCCCUGGGUGAGAGACCAGCAAGUGGAGGACUUUGCUACGUUCAAGGCGAACAGACGGCGUCUGAAGGCCAUUCUUCUGCAGAGGGAUGCCAAUGCGCCGUCGAUAGUGGACGAAGAGGAGCAUGCUUGAGGGCAUGUUGACAGUAUUGGCAAUGGGUCUAUGUGCCUACAUGAUACCCCCCGGACGAGAUACCCAGCGAAGUUGUCAUAAUGAUCCAUAAUACCAUCUUC